CGAUGGCACAUGGUUUAGAAGAAGCACUCGGAAAUGAGACUGUUAUUUGCUUAGCAUGGUUCACUCAUAGCACAAGGCAUUUUAAGCUUACCAAAGUUUGUUUGGACUUUAGAGCUAAUAUAGUACGUUGUAUUUUAAAUAAUUCAAUAUUUGUCUUAAGUCUGUCGCGGCGAAACAUCCAGCUGAAGCUCAGGAGCUAAAAAAGAAAGAAAGAGAGCAACAUGGCUGUGGACAUGAGAUUACCGACUGUUAAAAACUCAAUGUCUCUUUCACAUUCUGCUGGUGACCGAAAAGAUCUGGUUGUCCCUGGAGAUGUGAUCACUUCAGACACUGGGUUCAUGAGGGGUCACGGCACAUAUGUUGACGAAGACAAGCUGACAGCAUCAGUGGCUGGAGAGGUGCAGAGGGUGGACAAACUAAUAUGUGUCAGACCUCUUAAGACGAGAUUUAAUGGUGAGGUUGGAGAUGUUGUAGUUGGUAGAAUUACAGAGGUUCAACAGAAGCGUUGGAAGGUGGAGACCAACUCCAGACUAGAUUCUGUCCUCUUGUUGUCAUCUGUCAAUCUGCCGGGAGGAGAACUGAGGAGACGAUCAGCAGAAGAUGAGCUCACCAUGAGAGAAUACCUUCAAGAGGGCGAUCUCAUCAGUGCAGAAGUGCAGUCUGUUUUCUCAGACGGAGCCCUGUCACUUCACACUCGUAGUUUAAAGUAUGGAAAAUUGGGUCAAGGAGUGCUGGUGCAGCUUUCCCCGUCUCUGAUAAAGAGGCAGAAAACGCAUUUCCACAACCUACCUUGUGGAGCCUCCAUCAUCUUGGGGAAUAACGGCUUUGUAUGGCUGUAUCCCACGCCGGGACAGCAAGAAGAGGAAGCUGGAGGCUUCUACACCAGUCUGGAGCCUGUGAGCCUGUCGGAUCGAGAGGUGAUUUCACGGCUUAGAAACUGCCUACUGGCUCUGGCUGCUCAUAAAGUGCUUUUGUAUGACACAAGUGUUCUCUAUUGCUACGAGUCGUCUCUCCAGCACCAGGUCAAGGACAUCUUAAAGCCAGAAGUGAUGGAGGAGAUUGUAAUGUUGACACAACAGAAGCUGUUGGAACACGAGAGUUAAGAAGACACAAACUAAAGUAUCUAACCAAAAUCAAAGUAAACUCUGUCUAAUAGGACCACUUAGAUUUCUUAGAUGGCUUUUGUUUUGUAUUUGAUAAAACUCACAGCUACUGUUGCGAAAAACUGAUUAAACAAAAAAAAAAGGUAAAUUAUUAGAAGACAUCAGUUGACAUCUUUUGAUACACAAAGCAAUUUUAUUGUUUGAUUAAAUUCUGUAAUUUCUA